AAAAUGUCCAACUACUUCUCACUAUACGCGUUAUGGCAAUAAAUGUGCUGGGCAUUCUGGAAGGAACUGAAAGAAGGAUCUAAAGGGUUGGGAAUUGGAGUGUCCGCACAUGGGGAUUUGGGGAAAAGCAAAAUUGAGUGCGGAAUUCAACUAUUUUUUGACGGGAUAGUUGUAAUUUCUUCGUCAAAAGUUCGAUACAAAGGCAAGACUCUCGAUUUUCAGAAGAAAAAAGAGAGGCUUUUCUUCUUUCGGCAGACACUCACCUACACCAUCGCAGAAACCCUUUCGGCGUGCUCCCCCCGCAUUCCUGUAUUUUGCUCGAUCAAAGCGUCGCGUCACCCACACGGACUUCCUUCACCGGCUUUCAUCAUUUCCCUCUCUUGUGUGUGUGUGUGUGAGAAAGAGAGAGAGAGAGAGAGAGAGAUCUGAAGGAGAAGAAGCGGGGGAGUGAGAUUUCUUGAUUAACAAAUUGAAGCUUCUUAGAUCGGCGAUCAAUUCCGAAAGUUUAUUUUUCUACCGGUUUCUGGGUAGGAAGGAAAUGGCGGAGGACAAAGGAAUUGGGGAAGGUGAAAAGGAGCCUACUGCUGCUGGUGCUGCUACUACUACCACUACUACUGAUGGGAAUGAGAAGAAGAAGCAGCGCGGAUUUCUUUCUCGCGUUUGGAAGGGAAUCUUUAGACUACAUGGUGAUGAUUUCGAGAAGAGACUGCAAUACAUUUCUAAGGAAGAAGCCGCUGUUCUCGCCAGAAUGAAGCGGAGAUCGCAGUCUUGGAGGCGGAUGACCCGCAAUCUUAUUAUAUUCUCUGUCAUUUUUGAGGUUAUUGCCGUUGGUUAUGCUAUAAUGACAACAAGAUCAGUGGACUUGAACUGGAAGAUGAGAGCGUUACGGGUUUUGCCAAUGUUUCUUUUGCCCGGUUUAUCUUCUGCUAUUUAUUCAACAUUCAUAAGCUUCACAAGGAUGUGUGAUAGGAAGGAUCAGAAAACUCUGGAAAGGCUUCGGGCUGAAAGGCAGGCAAAAAUUGAUGAGCUGAAAGAGAGGACAAAUUAUUACACUACUCAGCAGCUCAUUCAGAGAUAUGACUCUGAUCCAGCAGCCAAGGCAGCUGCUGCAACUGUACUUGCAUCUAAGUUGGGUGCAGAUUCAGGCCUGAAAGUGUAUUUGGGAGAUGAGUCUAAGCUUAAUGCUCCAACAGGGAAAAGCAAUGAUGUUGAACUUGUGCAAUCUGGCGGGCUUCGAAAUAGGAAACAAGUGCAAACCAGAUCCAGCAGUGCAGGUAGCACUCCAAAGAAUCAUUCUGACGAGGAAACACCUCGUUCCGAGGGAACCGAGGGCCCACAGACUUCCGAGCAUAAACAGCUGGUAGUUAGUCAUCAUUCUAGUCAGGGAUCAGUCACAAAUGAUGGAGGAUGGAUUGCUCGCAUCGCAGCAUUGCUUGUGGGUGAGGAUCCAACGCAAUCUUAUGCACUCAUUUGUGGCAACUGCCAUAUGCACAACGGGCUUGCUAGGAAGGAGGAGUUUCCAUACAUUACCUACUACUGCCCACAUUGCCAUGCCCUGAAUAGGCCUAAACUAUCGGUGGAGGAACAGGAACGCGUUUCUGGUUCCAAUACCCCUAAUCUGGGCUCCUUGAGAACAGGGGGCAGUGAUGAUGCAAUCAACAAUGCCAGUGCUUCUGGGAGCGACAGUGGUCUGACAACAAACAGCCAUGUCAGAGCUGUUUCAGAGAUUGAGGAAGUAACUGAAAGGGUAACCUCCGAGCAGUUAGCUAGUUAAAUUUUGAAAGGAGGCAGAUCUGGGUGGAACUAUGUAAUUAGGGGUCACACAAUUUGUUUUUUCUCUUCAUAUGGGCUUUUUCUUACCUUGUUUCGGGCCACAAUGAGUGCUGGACUUCUCCAAUGGGUUUCCUUCCUGUUUGGUCUUUGUAACAAAAGAAAAGUUUUGAGAUUUCUUACCGAGAAGCUUUUUGUUCUUUACAUAAUUACUUGUUUUGGUUUUAA